AUGGAAGUUAUAGAAGAAACACCUGAAUUAAAUGCAUCUAUAGAUCAAGUAAAAAACAAUGUCAUCGAAGAAACUGUAGAGUGCAUAGCAGCGGAUGUGUGUCACAAAUCGAACGGUGUCGUCGAUAUUUGUAAAGCUGGACCGGCUAAAGAAGACAAUGUUAUAACGGAAAUGGUAAUUACACAAGAAAGCGUCGAAUUGAUCGAAGAAAAUAAUGAAGUAACCGUUGAAACAAAUGAGACAGAAACAUCACAGAAAAUAGCGACUGUCCAAGGUCCUGACACAGUAGCUAUAAAUGAAAACAUUUCUAGCCAAUCUGAUCAUUAUACAGAAAAAGGGACAGAUCAAACAAAUGAACCGCAUACAGAAAUCAUAGUCAAAAACUUGGAUAAGAAAAUCUACUAUGAAAUUGAAAUUCAGUCAACUGAAUCUGUUAUAGAAGUUUCUAAUACAGCAUCAUCAUUAGUUGAAGUUAAUAAAGAAGAAACAUUGGCAUUACAAUUAAGUAACGAAAUAUUAGCAGUUCAAGUAAAUCAUACAGAUUCAUCCAAUAAAGAUAAAGUCAGGUAUAAGACUGAAAUACUAGUUGAAAAAAAUGAUCAUGAUAUUAAUGAAAAUGACUUAAAUGAGACAAACUCAGAUGAACAUGCUACUAAUAAUAUUUUGAGUGAAUUGGGGCAAAGUAUAGAACUAAGUGAAGCCUUAAGAUCAUCUGAUGUCGAUGAUCAUGUGGAAAGUAACAAUUGUACUGGGCGGCAAGAAGUCUUUAACUAA